UGUUCCGUUCGCUGAACCUCCGACGGGUGAGCAACGAUUUCGACCGCCGAAACCGAAAAAACCAUGGAAUGAAACGAUCACAGCCAACACGCUGUCACCAGCUUGUUACCAGGUACACUUAAAACUUCGAAAACUUUCGAGAAAGAACAAAAAGGACUCCUUAUACAAGCAAGAAGUCAAAGGAAAAAAGUACUA